AUGAGUAAAGUAUUACUAAAUAUCCUUAGACAGACUAAAAUAUUUUUAAAUAGAAUAUAUAUUAGUCUGAUAUUUCUCCAGAGUUUAGUAUUUUACAACAUACCAAUAAAAAGUAUCGAUAUAAAAGAUAUAAACAUUGAGUUUGAUUUUAUUAAUAAAAUAAUUAAUUUUUUUUGGAAAAACAAAAUACCCAUAAAUAAUGAAAAUACAAAUAAGCAAAAAAAAAACAAUAACAUACACAUUAAAUCUAUAAAUAUAAUAAUUGAUUUUGAAGAUUAUGAAACAUAUAAUUCAUAUUAUAAUAUUUAUCGCAAAUUAAUAUCAGAGGAAAAGAAGAGAUGGAGGAUUGUCUAUAAUUUUUUUUACUAUAUUUUUGUUUUUCUUUUAAAAUUAAUUAUAAAAAAUUAUUACAUAAAUAUAGAAAAAAUUCAAGUCAAAAUAUUUUAUAAUUAUAAACAUAGACACAGUAAAAUUUGUGAUAAUAUAAAAGGCAUAUCUAAAGGAAAGACUAAAUAUUAUUUUAUAUUUCGAGAUAUAUCUAUUUUUUCAAAUAAUAAUAAUAUAGAAAAAGAAUAUGAAUAUAAUAAUUCAGAAAAAUGUAGUGAUACAGAUAAAGAAAAUAUGCUUGCUCGAACAAAUCAGAAUGAUGAUAAAGCAAGUAAUUGUGAAAAUUUAGAUUCUCAUAAAUAUUUACUUUUUUGCAAAGAAUUUAAUAUACUUAAAGAAAAUAAUAAUGGAAAAAGGGAUGGAGAGAUAAAAAAAAAACUAUUUUUUAUAAAAAACAUUUUUUACUAUUUUCAGGAAAAUCAAAUAUUAAUUCCACUUAUAUACAUUAAUUUAAAAGAAUGUGAGUUGAAGGAAAUUCUCUUUUUAUCUCAUCAUACAAAAAUAGACUAUUACUUAAAAGAUUUAAUAAAUGUUGCAAAGAAAAACAACUUCACAAAAAAUAUAGAUAGUCAUAAUGGAAACUAUAAUGGGUAUAAAAAUAAAUAUGAUUUUUUUUUGCAUUUAACAAUUUACAUAAACACGAUAUUUAUUAAUAUCAAUCUGAAAGAUAAAAUAAUAAAAGGUGUAAUAAGUUCUACCCUUUUUAAUAUUAAAACAAACGAGCAUUGUGAUGCUGACAAAAGAUUGACUAGUAAUAUUUUACAAAAUAAAUUUAAUACAAGAUAUAGUAGCACUAAUUUUGAACUCUCUUUUAUGUCUUUUGUUAUUUAUACUGAAAAAAAUAUCAUUUUAUUAAAUUUGAAAAAUAAAAAUAAAGAAAAAAAAUAUAUGAAUUUAUGUGAGGCAUCAUAUAAUAAUAAUCCUCAUAAUGAUUUCCUACUAAAUGAAGAAAUUGAUAAAUGCCAUUCAAAAUAUAAUAUAAAUAAUUCAAACGUGAUAUAUUAUAAAUAUAAAAAAUUUCUUAAUAUGAAAAAAGAAAAUGAAGAAAAAAUAAAUGUUUUCAAAAAAAAUUAUAAUAAAUGUGAUAUAAUUUUAAGUAACAUAAUUUGUAUAUUUGAAGUUGUAGAAUGUAUAAAUGUGUAUAACCUGAUUCAAAAGGACUUUUUACAACGUACACAUUUAAGAGAAGUGCCAAAAAAUAAUAAAUUUUCCUUACCAAUAUCCAUUAUAAAAUAUACACCAUUUAUUUGUGUUCGAAAUAUUUCUUUUUACAUAAAUAAAAAUAUCAACAAAUUCGAUCUGAUAUAUAACAAUGCGAUUUUAAAAAAUAGAGAAGAAGAAUUGGGAUAUUACAAUAAUACAGUCAUAAAUUUUAGAGAAGAAAUAAUAAAAAUAGAAAUUAAAGAAAUAUGUAAUAUUAAAGAUGUUGAGAAAAAUUAUGCACCGAUAAAUAUCGACGAAAAUGAUGAAAAUUCUGUAGAACAAGAUCAUAGUAGUAACGAAGACAAUAAUCAGAGUUGCAUUUUUUAUUCUGAACAAAAUAAUUAUGAACAGAAUAAUUAUGAACAGAAUAAUUAUGAACAGAAUGCAAUAGCUAGCUUCGAUUUUUUAGUGAAAGAUAUUAUUGUUAAAAGUGUUUAUUUGGAAAAUAAUAUUUUAUAUGAAUAUAACUUAAAUGAUAAAAUAGAUAUUGUUUUAAAAAUAAAAAAUAUAGAAAAUGAAUAUGGAAUUGCUACAAUAUAUUUUAAUAAUUCUAUAUGGUAUUUAUUACCUGAACAUGUUAAUUUUUUUUAUUAUAUAUACUCUAUUUAUUGCACCAAUAUGAAAAAAUAUGCAUACUUAUUAAGAAAUCCUAUGAGAAAAAAAGUAAAGCGAAUAGCCGAAAUUAAAGACAACUUUCUAUUUUUUGUAAAUGUUAUAGCAAAUAAUUGUAAUAUAAACUUAUUUUGCAUAUCUGAAGAUUUUAAAGCAAAUACUAUGGGCACAAAUGUACAAGAAAAACGGGCUAUACACACAUGUAACAAUGCUACAAAUAAUAAGCUAAUUACAGUGGAAAAUGAAAUGUAUUUGAAAAAAAAAUUAAAGCCCAUUAAAAUAUCAUUCGAUUUAAAAUAUAUAUUAAAAAUUGAAUCAGAAAAGGAGGAAAUACGACGAUUUUUCUUUAAAUAUUACAACUAUUUUUUUCUUGGUAAUGUGAAUAUACGAUUUAAUUAUUAUAAAAAUUUGUUAAAAAAUGUAUUAGUAUUUAAAAAUGAAAAAGCAAGAAAAAAAAAAGACAAAAGCCUUUUUUACAUGAACAGUCAAGGUAAAAUAGAAAAUAAUUAUGACAUGUUAAUAAAAAUUAUUAACAAAAAUAUUUAUGUAAAUAUAUUUAAUAAAGCCAAAAUGCUUUUUAUAAAUUGUAUUAUAUAUCAAAUAUAUAUAGCAGCACGGAGAAUAGUAUAUUUGAAGGAUACUAAUAAUUUGAAAAUGAAAGAGUCUAUAAAAAAAUUUAAAUUAAUAAAAAAAAAAAGGAAAAAUAAUAUUUAUAAUGUCUUAUUAAAAAAGUUAAAAUAUCCAAUUAAUCAAAUUGGCUGUACAGAAGAAAUUAAAAAUCAUUCAGAAAAUAAUUACACACUAGGUAGUGGUUACAAUCAUAAACAUAUAAUAUAUAGAAACAUAAAAAAAUAUUGUAAUAGUUAUGAAAUAUGUAGAAACAAUUUUUUAAAUAAAAUAACGUCUAAAUAUAAUAAUUAUAAAUCAUUAAAGCAUUUAAUACAAAUAAAAAUUAAAAGCAAAAUCCAGUUUAUAUCACUUUUUGAUGAUUUUUAUAUGACUGAAUUAAGAAGUUUAAAAAAUAGUAGCCUUCAAAAAAAUCAAUACACAAUCGAUUUGGAUACAAAUAUUUGUAUUUAUUAUUUUGAUUUAUUAUGUAAAAAUAAUGUAAGAACAAAUAACUUUUUAAAAUUGUACAUUGAUUUUUAUAAGUUGCAAUUAAAUAAGUAUACAAGUUUUAAUAAAAUAUAUAAUGUACUAAAUUUUAUGAGCAAUAUAAAAAAAAAGCAUGAACAAAGUAAGGAAUUCCUUUUCUUUUCUACCAAACAAUUAUGUAAAAUAUUUUCACAUCGAAAUUUGGAUCAUAUAAUAAAUGACGAAGAAAACAAAGCCUACUUUACAAUAACAUCAGAAAUAAAAAAUUUUGAUUUUUUCACUAAAUUUUAUAAUUAUGCUAAAAGGAAUGAUAAAUAUGACAUUUUUUAUAAACAUAGAAAAAGUACAAAUGAAUUUAAUACGAAUACAAAAAUAUAUGGAAAUAAAAUAUACUUAUUAUAUAAGACAAAUGAUUUUUUUACUUUUUUAAAUAAAUAUAUUCUUACCGAUUUUUUAAAUAUAUUUUCAUCAAAACAUAGUUGUGAGAUGAAAGUUGUAAAUUUAAACAAAAACAAUUAUACCCAAGACUACAAUUUUAAUGAAAACGAGGUAAAGGAUAUAUUUUCCCUUCGAGACAGCAUGAUGCUAAAGCAACAUCAUUUGCAACAUAAUUUGCAACCCAAUGUUGAUGAUAAUAAUUAUGUGGUUAGUUACACCGGUUCGGUAGAUAAAAACCAAAUUAACAACUUUAAAGUUUACAAAAUAAGACAAAAAAAUAUGAAAACACAAAAUGGUAUCAGCUUAAAUAAAUACAAAUUCACAUUUAAUGACGUCACUUUAUUUGCUCCUUCAAUUCAUAACAAUAGAAAUUUUAUUAUUAUACAAAAUAGUGUACAGAUAAAAAAUAAAUUCAUUUUAAACAAAAAAGAAAAUAAUAAUACAAUUCAACUUUAUGACAAAAUAUUCGUUUAUUUUUUAAACACCACAUCCUUUUCAAAUCAUAGAAAAGAUUAUAUUUUAAAAAAUGUAAAUAUAUUAUUAAUUUAUUAUAGAAAUGUUAUUUACAAGACAAAUAUGUUUGCCAUGUUUAUAUACGGUACUGGUAAUGCAUAUAUAUCUCCUGAAAAUUUUACACUCAUCCAAAAUGUGAUUAUUGAAAAUUUUCUAAACAAUAAUGUGGAAUAUUUUGACAAAAGGCAAUACAUAAAAAAUCCGAAGCACAUUGGAAAUGAGCAUAAAAGAAAUAGCAUAAUAGACAAUGAACAGAAUUGCAAACAUGUUGAAAAAUGGAAAAGCAAAAAAAAAGAUCAGUUAAAAAAAAGUCUUAAAAUUGUUAUGCAUUUGAUAGAUAUGCAUAUAUUUUUAGAGAGUGACAAAUUGAAAAGCAGAAUAAGUUACAUUUUUAUAAAAUAUUGUUUGAUAAAUAUUUUAAAAUAUUUAAAUGAUAAAAAUAAAAUGAUAACAAAUAUAAAGUCGGUUGUACCUCUUAUUUUAAACUAUACUCAUAAGUACCCAUAUGAUAUAAUUGUUUAUUAUAAAAAAAUAAAAAAUAAAAAAAGUUAUUUAAAAUAUUUGCUAAAUAUGAAAGAUAUAAAAUAUGAACAAACUGCCAAUACAUUUAACUCAUUUAUUAAGGCAAAAAUUAAUAAAUAUAACAAUUUACUAAUUACCAAAAAAAAUAAAAUUAUUGAAAUUUUUUAUCAUAGAUAUAAAAAUGACACUAUUGGAUGUAAUGUAGAAAAUCAUAUAUAUAUUAAAAUGAAAAAAAUUUAUACAACAACUGACGUAUUUCAAUUAUUUAAUUUUUAUAAUUUAUAUUUUGUCGAUGAUAAAAAUUUGUUUAUAUACACACUUGAGAAAUGCCUUCAAAAAGAAUAUUGUUCAAGUUCUAUAAAAAAAAAAAAAAUCAACACACAAGCCAUAUUUAGAAAUGCACAAGACAGUUCUGACGAUACUUUUAUUGGCGAAGAAAAUACAGAUUAUUUUGUAAAAAAAAAAAUAAAUAUUUUAAAAAAAAGAGAAAAAAUAAAAAGACCUAACAAUUAUCUUAUUUAUAUGUAUGAAAAUAUGGUAAAAUUGUUAACACCAAAUGAUUUUAAUUCUUAUGAUUAUUUAGUACAUAGUAAUAAUAUAUACAAAAUUAACUUAUAUAUUGAGCAUGCUCAUAUAUUUGUAAAUUUAUUAUUAUAUGAACAUUUACUGAAAUAUAGAAAUACAAAUAAUUCUGAACAGUCAGCUAAAAUUGAAAAAUCAAAUAAAUUUGGUAUCACUUAUAAAGGGGGUGUAAAUUUUUUACUUCUUUUUAAUUUGAGAAAAAGUCUAUUUUUCGAAUUUUUAAAAAAAAAAAAAAAACAUAUUAUUUUUAAUAGCUAUUUUUUUGAUAAAAUUGUGGAAAAAAAACUGACUUGUUCAGAAAAAAUAUCCCAACUAGCUCAUUCAUCAUAUCCAAAAUCAAACUGUUUACAUUCGUAUUUUUAUCCAAAUAACUACAUAAGUGAUGAAUUAGAAGAAACAAUAUUUUUCAAAUGCAAAAUAAAUAAAAAAAAUAGUCUAUAUUUAUUAAAUAAUUCAAAUUUUUAUUGUAUAAGCCAAAAUAUUAAUAUAGAUAUGUGUGCAAAAAAAGAAAAGGUAAUAUAUUUUAAUAACAAUAUUAAAAUGGUAAAAUAUAAUAAUUUUUAUUUUAAUAAUAUUUUUCUUAACAAUAUAGCGAAUAAAAAUAUAGGGUCAUGUCAAGUUAGUGGAAAUGAUUUAUAUGAUAUAAAAAUAAGUAUGGAUAGUUCUCAAAAAAAACAGACAAAUAUAGAUUGUCUUAAAAGUGUGUUUAAAAAUUAUAAUAGUUUAUUUCCGAUUGAUAAUUCAAAUUAUAUUAUAGAAAAAAUUAUAAAAAUGGAAAAUAAAAAUGAGGAUACAGCAUUUUGUGAAUUAAAUUGUGGCGACCAAAAUAAGCAUAGCAAUGGUAACCUAAUUUAUAAUGAAACAAAAAAUGAAAAAACGUUUUCAUCCCCCAAAUAUAUAAAUGUGAAUAUAAAAAAUGCCAAAAUAAAAAUAAGAUUAAAAGAUAUUAUAGGUAUAUUAAAAAAAAUCUAUGAACUAAAUUAUUGUAUGAAUUAUUAUGAAGAAAUAAAUUUAAUUCUGUAUAAGCAAUGUGAAAAAAGUAUAAUACAAAAUAGGUAUCCCUAUAGAUUAGAAAAAAGAAAAAAAGAAAAAACAUAUUUAACAAUGCUUUUUAAUAUAGCAAUAAAUAAUUUAAGUAUCGAAUUGUUUGAAACUGUAAAUUAUUAUAGAUAUAGAGAAUUUAAAAAAAUAAAAAUUGUACAAAUAAAUAUAAAAGGAAAUUAUAAUUAUAUUUCAUCAUAUAAUAAAGAUGAAAUAAUAAUAAAAAGACAUGAUCUAAAUUGUAUUUAUGAUCUUAAUUUUUUUAAAAAUAAUAUAUUUGAAAACUUUGCAAAAAAUAUGCAAAUACACUUUGUUUGGGUUAAGUCAAAAAAUGAAAAUAAUUUCUUUUCAAUUUUUAAAAAUAAACCAAUAGACAUAUUUUUAAGUAAAAAUAUUUUCAGAAAAAUUUUGUAUCUCUAUGAAGGAGUCAUAAAUAGUUGGGCUAACCACUUUGAGCUGGCUAGCCAUAUUAAAAAAGGGCACAAUGAUAAGACUGUUGAAAAUUUAGACAAUAAAAAAAACAUUCUAAACCUGUAUAGCGAUAAAUCAGUAAUAAUAAACAAACUACAAGAGAAAGCAUUUUCCUAUCAAAAUAAAGAUAUUUUAAAAAAUAAAGAAAAAAAAAAUAAAACAGAAAUAUUACAUUUAAAAGGUGGAGAACAUAUUAUAUUUUCACCAGAUUGCAAAAAAUAUACAAAAAAUAAUAACAUAUUAUUAUAUAAUGAUUGUGGAUUUUAUAAUUUAAUUUCAAAUGUAUGUAUAUACAAUAAUACAAAUCUAGACAUUAUAUUUUUACAUAAAUCCUAUAAAUAUUAUAAAUAUUUUUUAUAUGCAAAAAAAAAAACAUAUAUAACCUCAUUUGACCUUGAAAAUGAUUCUUUUUUUUUAUUUAUAUGUUACAAAAAAAAACUAUAUAUGGGUCAAUCUUUUUCAAAGGAAUUACUACAAAACAAGGAAACUAACGAAUAUAGUUUUUAUUCAAAUAUUAGCAAGAUUAAGAAAGAAUGUAUGUUUGGUGUAGACCCGAAUGGCAAUGUUAGAAAUAGUAGUGCACCUCAUAUUUUUAAAAAAGUAUUGCACUUUAAAAAUGUUGAAUCUCUACAAUUUGACAACACAAGUAUAUAUAAACAAUCUGAAAAAAAGGAAGAUAAAAAAGAAUUACCUAUUCGCAACUUAUACAACAAUAUUCAAAGAAAAUACAUAAAAAUUAUAUCAAAUAAUCAUGGUGAAAAUGACAAUAUAAAAAUGAAUAUGAAUAAUGAAAACUUUGUCCUAAACAUUAUUUUAAUUGAAAAUUAUAAAAAUGUUUAUAUAUAUAUAGACAAAAUGAUAAGCUUAAAGAAUAUGCUCCCUCUACAAAUUUGUUACACUGUGGAUGGAACUAAAUGUACCAUAAAUAAAUAUAAAACUAAAGAAAUUUAUUUUAAAAAUUUAGACUUAAAUGGUGAUUCUAAUAUUUUGGUAGGCAAUAAAUUAAAAGUCGUAAACAGCAUAAGCAAAAUUGUUUCAAAAAAUGAAAGAGAAGCCGAUAAAAAUUUUUCAAACAGUGUUGCCCAUUAUGUCAAUGUGAUAAAAAAAAAUAACUGCAUCAUAUUGACAUGCCAAACGUUAAUAUAUUUUUACAGCUUUUCUGAACAUAAUAUCGAAAUAAAUAAAAAAAAAAUAUAUUUUUUAAACAGUAAAACAAAUAAUGCAAAAAAUAUGUCCAUACCAAACAUGUAUAAUAUAAAAAAUAUGAAAUGCUUUAUAGGUGUUUUUAAUGAGCCGUUUGAAAAUGUUGUUUUAGAAAAACACCAAAUUAAUAAUAUAACUUCAGGCAAAUCUGGUGAAAUAUGUCUUACACAUACAAAUGAAAAUAAUAAAUAUUUAUUUUUUUACAAAAUUGGCUUGUUAAACAUUCUAAAUAAUAAUAAGCAAAAUAUAGGGAAUACAUAUUAUCAUAAUGUUUUAUCUAUAUAUCCUAAAUAUAUUAUACAAAAUGAAACAAAAAUAGAUAUAUGUAUGUUUUCAAUUUUUAAUGAAUAUGAAAUUUAUAAAAUAGAAAGAAGUUCAACUAAAGUUGUUAAUACAAUUGUGGAUAGUGGAAAUAAAAAUCAUUUACCCUUUUUUUUUAAAAUUAAAAAUAGAGAUGAAAACAGUAAUAAUUAUUUGGAUGUAUGUGGGCCUAUAAAUAUAGCGAAGGAAGGUUCAUAUAUUUUUUCACUUAAAAAAAAUAAACCAAUUUUAGCUAGCAGUACUAGCCAAAACAAACAAAUCAAGAGUAGUCACCAUUUUUUAAAUUUAAAAUUUAGAAUAGAUAAAGGUGAAAAAUGUAAAUAUUUUAAAGGGCCAUUUAGUAAUUCAAUUUUUAUAAAAAUAAGUAAACAUAAAAGUAACAAAAAAAAACUUGAAAAAUAUAUUACAUAUAUAAAUAAUAAUAGUAAUAUAACAGAUAAAAUAUAUGGAAAUAAUAAUAUUAUGAAUAUAUAUAAAUAUAUAGAAAAAAAUGAUGACAUUAAAAAAAUAUACAUAUAUAAUAAUACAGACUCUGGAGUUAUAGUAGAUAUUAUGCAUUAUAUUGAACUUGCUUAUAUUAUAAAAAAUGAAAUAAAAACAGAUAAAGAUGGCAUAAAACUUGUUGAAAUCGAAUCAGUCAAAUUUUCUAGUCUUAAUAAUUCAUAUGAUAAAGACAAUACUAGACAAUAUCAUUCCUUAAUGCAUAGCAACAUUGAAAAAGAAAGUGAUAGUGAAAACGAAGACGAAAAAAGUAACGGAAUAGACAACAACAUAUCUGAAAAAAUGACAAAAGAUGAUAUAAAUUAUAUAUUAAAUAAUAAACAUUUAAUACAUGAAUAUUUAAAAAAAAAUAAAAAAAAUUUUCGAUAUUUAAAAAAAAAUAGUAUUUCAUUUUUCCCAUUACGAAAAAAUAAAAAUAUAAAAAACUUUUUUUUACUUUUAUAUCCAUUUAAACAAACAAACAAUAUACACAUUUGUAGAAUAUCAUUAGAAAAAAAAAUAAAUAUAGUAAAAUUUGUUGAAAAUAAUAAAUCUAUAUUUUUUGAAUUUUGUAUUAUACAAAAGAAAAAUAAAAUUUUAAUAAAAUUCUCACAAUAUCUAGACAAUGUUAUACAAAUAAAAGGGAAAGUCAAUUUAAAUUUGCUAUCUAUGCAAAAGAUAGAUAAUAAACAAAGUACACCACAAGAUAAGGAAGUUAAAACGAAGAAAGUUCACAAAAAGAAAGAGAUAAUCCAUGUUGAAAAGAUAGAGGAUAACUUUUUUCAUUACAUUUUAAAUGGUAAAAAAUAUAUUACACUAUUUAUGAAACGAUUUAACAAGAGUACAACACCAUCACUCGAAAGAAUAGAUAAACUUAGCAUCUCACAAAGUGGUAACUUAUUAUAUAGACUUAAAAGUAGAGCAAGUGUAAAAAAUACAAAAUUAACCAAAAUGGAAAAAGAUCAAAGCAGUAUAAUUAUGCACAAAAUGAACUAUACAACCUUUACAAAGUAUAAUAAAAAUUGUCUAAAUGUAAAUGAGAAAAAAAAGAGAUCCCGAUUUAUUCAUGACAUUAGUAAGGAUGUAACAUUAUGUGACCAUUUAAAAAAAAAAAAAAUAAAUUUUUCAAACCAAAAUGAAAAAAAAAUAAAAAAUUCAAAUUGUUAUAUAAUAAUAAAUAAUGAUAUAAAUAUAAAUAUAUUUUCAUCUGUUUUAAUAAAAAAUGUUGAUAUAACUAAACAAUAUUAUAGUGAUAAAAGAAUUAUGCCAUCUGUUUAUACAAGCCUUAUGGAAUAUACUAAUGUUGAUAAAGAAAAUGAAAAUAAUGAUAUAUCUUAUCAAGAACAAUUUAAUAAAUAUAUAUUUAAAAAAAAAAAAAAUGCACAUAUAUAUACAGUAAGCUUAACAAAUUUAAAUUUUUAUUUUAAAAAAAAUAAAAUUAAUAGUAAUACUACACAAAAUAGGUUUUAUUUAAAUUUAGAUAAUUUGUCUAUAGUCGAUUUCUCAACAAAUGUUGUAAAAAAUAUUCUAUUUAAAGGUUUGAAAAAUAGUUUAGUAGACUAUAAGGCAGACCCAAAUCAUGAUAAUAAAUUCAUAGCAUUUGAUUUAAUAUACAAAAUGAAUUUUAAUUCUUUGCAUGUCCAAAAGUUUGAAUUGUUAUUUUUCUGUCCCUUACGAAUAUACUUAUCAUUAGUAAGUGUUGAAAAUUUUAAUUAUUGUUGUAAAAAGUUUUUAAAAAAAAAAAAAAAAACUCGUAAUGUAAAAAAAGAGAGAAGCAAACUAGUACUCCUUUUUAAUCAAAUAAAUGGAAGUGUUAGUAGAGAAAAACGGAUUGAUAAAAUUUUGAAAUGCCAAAGUAAAUAUGCUAGACAAGCUUUCAAGGCUAACAGAUUUUAUGAAACCCUUUGCAAUGUUAAUAAUAAAGGAAAAGAAAGAAAAAUAAAAAUUUAUAAUUUAAAAAUAAACAAUAUAUAUAUUGUGUUUUCCUUUUCCAAUAAAAAUACAUAUAGCAUAGAACGAUAUAAAAAUGAAGAUGAAUUAUUUAAAAUGAAAAAUAAAGAUCUAGAUGAUGACUCUAAUAAUUUUAUUUUCAAUUUUAAAUUAGCAUUUUUAAAUCAAAUAAAAAAUGCAAAUUUUGAAAUCAACUCAUUAAAUUUAAAAAAAAUCAAAGAAAAAAAUAUAUUAGAAUUUGUAAAUUAUAUACUAGAUUUUUAUAUAAAAGAAUUAUAUAAAAACUUAUUUUUUUAUAUGACUAAAAUGAAUACAAUAAAUAAAUAUAUACAUAAUUAUUCAAAUUUUUUCAACCAGUUUAUGGAUAAAAAAAAAAUGUUUAACUUAGUAGAUAUAUCAUCAGGACUUAAAUAUAUUACAAAUGAAAUUCAUGAAAAAAGUAAUGUCUAUUUAGAGAAUAUAAAUAUAUUUACAUCCCCUUUAGGACUUCAAGAUGGUUUGAAAGAAAAUUAUGAGCCUAAACAAGUUGGAAAAAAAAAUGAAACAUUAUCUAUUAUCAAUACAGAUGAAAAUAGUUUGGAAAAGGACUACGGUCCGAUAGACACACCACAAAAAGGGAAGAGAACUCAAAGUGAAAGAACAAUGCGAAAAAAACAUGCACAAGAUGACAACAAGACAAUUUACAACAGUAGGGAUAGACAACUCUUUACAAACUUUGAAGAUAUGGCCGUUUUAAGUGAUUCAAAUUAUUGUAUAUGUAGAAAAAAAAAAUUAAAAAUAAACAAAAUUAAUAAAAAAUUAUACUAUUUUAAAAAUGAUAAAAAGGUAUUUAUUUUUGAUGAUAGCCAAGUAAAUUAUAAUAAUAUUGAUACAAAUAAAAAUGGUGAAAAAUAUAAAGAAAUCUAUCAAGAUAAACAAAAAAACGACAUUAUAUGGAAUUCCAAAGAAGCUAUAUUAAGAAUGCCAAAAAAAGAAACUUCAACCAAUUUUAAUAUUUUUAAUAGUGCAAUAAAAAAUAUAGGAAAAGAUAUCAUGUCUAGUAUUAAUUAUUAUCUUUAUGAUAAUGAUGAAAAUGAUUUAAAAAAAAAAAAAAAAAUUAUUUUAGAUUAUUUUUAUGGAAAAGUGCAAAAUUCCCCUCAGGACAUCAAGCAGGAACCCCCAGACGAGAUACAGAGAAAGACUAAUGAGAUAGGAGUUCAAGAAUUUACAACAUUCACCAUGAUCUAUAAAAAAGGGCAAAUAAAAUAUGACAGUGAGCUAUUCAGAAUAUGCAACCCAUUAGAUACCCCACUAGUGAAAGGAGUCAUAAUUGAUAACUACCUCAAAGAUAAAGACGAGAAUUUGCUACUCAUAUUUUGUGAUGAAUAUAUAAUAAAUUUAAAUAAUGAGAAUAGGAUAAUUAUAAAAAAGAAGAACAUAAUAAAGAUUGAAAUUGUUUGUAAAUAUUUUAAUUUAAUUUUUGAGAGAGAUAAAAGUUUAAUGCAUAAUAUAAAAAAUAUAAUUAAAAAAAAUAAUCAUAAUUUUUUAGGCUAUUAUUUUGAUGUCUUAUUUAAAAAAAAAAUAAAAAAUGAUAAAAAAUUAAUUCAUAAAAUUAAGAAAAAUAAAAUAAAAAUUAUAUAUUUCUUAUAUUAUAUUUUUUAUUUUAUUUAUAAUUAUGAUCAGCGUCUUAAAAAACUGACUAAAUCUUAUUUGCCAAACCAAGACAAUAUAAAACCUACUAUUAUAAUAUUUGAAAAUACAAAAAAAGUUUUUUUCUCUCUCUCCUCAAUUAUAUAUUUAAAUAUAUUUUAUUUUAAUGUUAGAGACUUUCUCUUUACUUUUGUGAAGCAAUCAAGUUAG